AUGGCUAAUAUUGCCGAACAGCUUCAACAAGCAGUCAAUAAAGGUCUUUCUCAUAAAGAACUUAUUGACAAGUUCAAAUCGAUUCUCGAUGAAAUCAUUAAAGAUCCAAAACAACCACAAACAGUAGAUUAUCUAAAAAAAUUCCUUGAUGCAGUCGUGGAUGAUAAAAUUGUUCUUGUUGCAUCACGUCAAUUAUUAACGGAUUUAUGUACAUCCUAUUUAACUCGUUUGUCAUCGGAACAAGCAAAAGAAGUUGCAUUAUAUGCACUUGAACGUAUUGCUGCUCGAGCUAUUUCAUUUGAAGAUCAAGUUGGACUCUAUAGAAAUUUUCUUGCUGAUAUUUAUGAACGUGAAGAAAACUGGCGUGAAGCAGCUAAAGUUCUUUGUGGUGCACCAUUAGAAUCAGCUCAAAAACCUUUAUCAUCAGAUUAUAAGUUAAAAACUUAUUUACGUAUUGCUCGACUCUAUCUCGAAGAUGAUGAUCCAGUUCAAGCAGAAGUUUUUAUCAAUCGAGCAUCACUAUUACAGAAUGAAACACGAGAUGAAGAAUUACAAAUUCUUUACCGAGCAUGUUAUGCUCGAAUUCUUGAUUAUAAACGAAAAUUUGUUGAAGCUGCACAACGUUACAAUGAAUUAUCACUUAAAUCAAUUGUUAGCGGUGACGAACGUAUGAAAGCUUUAGAUAAUGCAUUAAUUUGUGCUAUAUUGGCACCGGCUGGUCCACAUCGGUCGAGAAUGUUAGGUACAUUAUUUAAAGAUGAACGAUCUCAACGAUCACCUGCCCAUUCAAUGUUAAAUAAAAUGUAUUUAGAACGAAUUAUAAGUCCACAUGAUGCAAAACAAUUUGAAAGUCUUCUAAGUGAACAUCAAAAAGCAACAACACCUGAUGGUUAUACAAUUCUUCAACGAGCAGUUAUUGAACAUAAUCUUGUUGCAGUAAGCAAAAUAUAUACAAAUAUAACAUUUGCUGAAUUAGGUGGUCUUCUUGGAAUUCCGAGUGAAAAAUCAGAAAAAAUUGCAUCACAAAUGAUAUCUGAAGGUCGUCUAAGUGGUUUCGUUGAUCAAAUCGAAUCUGUUCUUCAUUUUCAAGCUAGUGAACAACUUGCACAAUGGGAUCGUCGUAUUGAAUCAUUUUGUGUGCAAGUUAAUCAAGUUCUUGAUAAAAUUCAAGCUGUUCAUCCCGAUUGGUGCCAAAAAACGAUGGCAUUAGUUGAAGCAAAAAUCAAUGCAGCAACAAAUGAUGAUGAUGAUACACCUAUAGCUGAAACAAAUACAACAACUGUUAAACCAAUGGAUAUCAAUAAUAAUCAUACUACUAAUAAUGAUAAUAAUCGACGUAGUGUAACAGUGUCUAUAACCGAUGAUAAGCAUCAAUAUCAACCACUUAGUCGUCGAUCGGAGCGUAUUCAACCACCGAUGAAUACAACAACACUAGUACAAUAUACUUCCAAUCCUUCCCUUAGUGAUCAACAAGAACAAAAUCGUCAGCAUCAUCAUCACCAUCAUCAUCAACAAACAACAAAUGAUGAAGAAGCAUCAACAUAUUCAUUUCGAAAUGUAACAAAAAAAUUACAACAUGCUAAAUCAUCUGGUGAACUUUAUCAACCAUCAGCUCCAUUACCACUUCCACCAAUGACAAAAAUAAAUAAUGAUGAAAAUGAAAUAAAAUAUCAACCUCAACAUUCAUCUGAAUCACCACAAUCAUCUACAUCAAUUAGAACUCGAGCAGCAACAACAACAGUUGUACCUAUAUUAACACAUCCAACAAUAAAUACAUCAGAUGAAACAUUUAAUUCAAUAUCAACAUCAUCAUCAAAUAAAAUUCCAUUAUGGAAACGAUUUAAAAAAAUUAUUGCACCAAAUAAACGAAGCAAAGAAAAUUCAUCAAUUAAAGUGCCAACAUUACAAUUUAAUGAAUUAUCAACAAACGAAAUAAAUCGAACAGUUACUGAUGGUGUUAUUAAUAAUAACAAUAAUCUUUUACAAAAUCCACUAAAAUUAAGUGAAUUACGAACAUGGCUUUUUUCAAAAUCUUUUCCAGAACAACGUAUUCGUGAUGAAUAUGAAAAAUUACCUACAGAACCUCUUCAUUCUAAAACAUUUGCAUUUCGACCAGAAAAUAAAUUAAAAAAUCGAUUCAAUGCUAUUGAACCAUAUGAUCAUUCUCGAGUUGUACUUAAAACAUUAUCAAAUGACCCAUCAAGCGAUUAUAUCAAUGCAUCCUAUAUAGAUGGAUAUCGAGCAAGCAAAUUAUAUAUAGCUGCCCAAGCACCAACUGAUACAACUUUAUAUGAUUUUUAUCGUAUGAUUUGGCAAUUACGUAUACAAACAAUUAUUAUGGUUACUCGUCUAUUUGAAGAUGGAAAACAUAAAUGUAUUCAAUAUUGGCCAGAUGAAGGUGAAAAACGUGUUAAUGAUUUUAAAAUUCGUAUUGAUAAUGAAGAAAAAUAUGCUGAUUAUACAAUACGUAAAUUGAUUAUAUAUAAUCAAUCAGAGCCUUCAGACGUGUUACAAGUUAAACAGUAUCAUUUUUUAUCAUGGCCAGAUCAUGGUUGUUUAUCGUUAUGUACACCUUUACUAGAUUUUCGACAGCGUUUUCGUGCUGAUUAUAAACCAACAAAUCCCAUAUUGGUUCAUUGCAGUGCUGGUGUUGGUCGGUCAGGUACAUUUAUUGCUCUAGAUUCUUUAUUAGAAAGAGCUAAAUAUCAAGAUACUAUUGAUGUACUUGAAUUUACUUAUCGAAUGAGACAAAAUCGAGUAUAUAUGAUACAAACAGCAGAUCAAUAUGUAUUUCUUUAUCGUACAUUAAUUGAAGGAAUUUUAACUAUGGAUGCAAGUAUAUCCUUACAAGAAUUUAUGACAACAAGAAAAUUACAUAUGGAUGCUAAAAGUCAAUAUAAACUUUUGGAACAAUUACAAUCAACAGUUGAAUUUUCAUAUCAAGGUGCACUUGAUCCAGCUAAUGUACAUAAAAAUCGAGUUGAAACAAUUCUUGCUCCUGACAAUAGUCGACCAUAUCUAAUGACACAAGUUGAAAAAACAACCGAUUAUAUCAAUGCUGUAUUUGUUAAUUCCUAUCGACAAACACCCAAUUAUAUUGUUACACAAUAUCCAUUAUCUCAUACAUGCAUUGAUUUCUGGCGUCUUGUAUAUGAUCAUAAUGUGUCAAUAAUAAUGUUAUUGGAACCUAUAUUGCGUGAUUCAAAAACUAUUUAUUAUUGGCCUACAGGUGUUGGACACGUAAUAUCUUAUGGACCAUUUGACAUAGUUAUGAUGUCCCAAAAAGAAGAUGAACAAUUAAUUGAACGAGUUUUUGAAUUGAAAUAUAUAAAUAAAAAUACAUUUGCUACUGAUCGAACAAGAACAAUACGUCAAUUUCAAAUAAAAGAUAAUUCAUAUUUAUUAAUUAUUGUAAAACGUUUUUUAAAAGAAAUGCGUACAUUUAAUGGACAAAAUGUUAUUCUUCAAUGUUUAAAUGGUGCAACAUGGUCAGGCUAUUUUGCUGCUCUAUGUAAUUCAAUUGAUAAAAUGCAAACCGAACAAAUUGUUGAUCCAUUUAAAAUUGUUCGUCUUCUUCGUUUUACUCGGCCACAAUUUAUUGAUCAAGAUCAAUAUGAAAAUUUAUUUGUAUCCAUACGUGAUUAUGUACAGCAGUACAUGAGUGCAACAUUAACACAUCGUCCUUCUGAAAAUUCUUUCUAUGUAGAACCGUCUGGAGAACAUCAAUCCACUACAACUAAUCGAGUUAUACAACGAUUAUAA